AUGCCCAAGCCGUUCCCUUGCCGUCGUCCUCCUGCCUCUACCGCCAUUGCUUCUUCCAUCCGAUGGGCUGUUGCUCGGCUACGUCCUUCCCCGCGGCCGUCUUCUCCGCGACUCCGACUGCUGCGCUCUCAUCAACAACAGCAACCCUUUAGCUCGACGUCGUGCGCAUUCCUUGCGCAGCCGUAUUACAAUUCCCUCGAGGAUGAGCUCUGGUUUGCUCCGUCUCCCGCGAGUCUGUUCUCGUCUACAAGAGGCCAAGGCGGCCCUGUGCCCGAUGGGUUGAACGGAGGUGCCAGCGGCGAUCACAAGCCGCCGGAUGAACGGGUUCUGAAGCUUGGGAAGACCCUUCGCACCCUCUCCCCACUUCUUCCGACCAUCCUGAUCAACCCGUUGCCUUUGGAGAUUCUGUCUCCGCAGGUCACCCUCCAUCUCUUCCCGUCGACACAUCCGCAUCUGCCGAAUGUCAAGGGCAGAGUGCUCUACCGAGCAGCGCUGUGGACAGUGCCCGUCGCCUGGAGCAGUGUUCCCCUGGUUGGAAACGUGAAAUUGCAGAUCCUGAGCGAGCGGAUGGUCCGUGCAAACACCGUGCUGGGCUGCGAUCGCAACGAAAGCUGUGGGGAGGAAAGACUGGUCGUGCGAUGGAGAACAGAGGCACGGGAUGAAGGGGGUGGUGGUUCGACUUCGACCUCGACGGCAUCACCCUCAUCGGCCGGUUCCAGCCAUCUCGCCGACUCGAAAGCAGGCACGAACAAAGGGCUGAGCGCGCUGCUGGGCGGCGAAGCACCGAUCUUCAAACUGGGCAAGGAGGGCCAGUUCACGGGGCUGUUCAUCUUCGGGUUUGACGAGGAGGGCCGCAUCUCCAGCCACACGAUCGAGCACGCUGACCAGGCGGACGGGUGGGAUCGCACGGCCAAGUUCGUCACCCUGACCGACUGGCUCUUGGGGAAGGCCAGGGGGUCGAUGGACCCUUCAGCUGGGCCGUCGUUGGCCACGCAGGGAUGCGAGGAAUACAACCUCGAUUCGAAUCGACGGAUACGGCCGAACAAGUAG